CUUAAUAUUUUCACGGAUUGCAACAAAUUUGUUGUCAUAAUAUUCGAAGCAAUAUGUUGUGGCUCGUUGUGUCCGCGCUAUUCGUCGGUCUUGUUAACGGUCAUGCAAGUCUAGAUGAGCCUCCCGGACGGUCAACUAUGUGGCGGUAUGGUUUUGAUACCCCCGUGAAUGACGAAGAUAUGGAAUUAUUUUGUGGAGGGAUAACAAGACUCUGGAAGAUCAAUAAAGGAAAGUGUGGUAUUUGCGGAGAUGCAUGGGAUCUUCCAGAACCUCGACCCAACGAGGAUGGAGGUAAAUAUGGAAACGGAAUAGUUGUGAGGACCUACAAAGAAGGCCAAGAGUUUACCGCCAGAAUCAAUAUCAUUGCUAACCACAGAGGUUACUUCGAAUUCAAGCUUUGUCCAGUUCGGCCUGGUGUGAAAGUUGAUCAAGACUGUUUGGACAAGCACCCUGUUCCACUCGCCGACGGUUCUGGUAAUCGUUAUAUACUGCGUAACGCGAAAGGAUUUCUUGAUAUUCAACUUAAGUUGCCCAAAGGAUUGAAAUGUGAGAGAUGUGUAUUACAGUGGCACUGGAAAGCAGGUAAAAAAAAACUGUUUGCUCAAAGUUUGAAAAUUACGACCAAGUAUGUCUGUUGUUAUAAUAAGCCGCUAAGUAACUGUACUAAUCUUUAUUCAUUAGGUGACGUUUUUUAAAUUAUUAACUAAGAU